AUGUUGAUUUUGAUGGCGGUUCUUACUGCAGGUACCUGGUCGAGUGUUGCCGUCGCCACUAUCAUCUACAGAAACAAUAAAUAUUUGAAACCCGUCGACAACGUAUGCGUUUUAUUUUUGUUAUGCCAACAUAUGAGGAAUGGUAUCUCUCAAAAGCAGAAGAACCGCCGUUAUUUGAUGUUCAUCACCUCUGAUAACAUCAAGCAACAUGAUCUCAUAAAGCUGCUCGAAAUCGAACAUCAGAUCGUUUCACAGGAAAUCAAAGGUAGCAAAGUUGAUGCUGUUCUCACAAAGAGCCAAACGCAGACAUUGGACAACGUUGUGUCUAAGAUGAUGGGCCCGUAUCUAGGCGAGCUGAUAGUCGAUAUUCUCAAAAGGUUUCGAGCUGCUACCAAUAUUGCUCCUCGCCACCUGGUACUUUAUUUCUCAGGAAUAUCCGAAGGGCGAUGGAGUAUGGUCGCUAGUACUUACAUACAAGUCAUCAAGAACGGAAUCAGGUCGCUUUCGCCAAACUAUAAGCCUCUAAUCACUGUUCUGACCGUAUCAAAGGACCACAAUGAACGUAUCUACAAAGCGAUAAUCAGUGGCAAUCGAGCCUCCGAGCAAAACAUUCCGCCAGGAACCUUUAUUGAUACGAAGAUAGUAUCACCAGUAAUUAAUGAGUUCUACUUAAAUGCUCAUUCUGCUUUUCAGAUUCCUGUUGAUGUGAUCGAAGGUAUGACGCAUGGAUUGUGUUAUCUGCACCAGAUAAUUACGGCAACCGUAAGCUUGCCUGUGCCUUUGAUUGUGGCCGAUCGCUGCGCCAAGCGAGGACACAAUAUUUAUAUCGCCAACUCAAGACAGAGAGACCCGGUUGGCAGCAUUGAGGAGGCAAACAUGCGAUUAGUUAAUCAUGGCCCAUUGCAAAAAGUUCGUUAA